AUGCCCAGCCUUCCGACAUCCACGUGGGGCAGUGAAUCGAAAAGCCGACUCGGAGGCAUUGGGGACGCACUCGUCCCAAAAGACUACGCCUUCGCCAUGAUCACCGAUCAGAUCCACUUCAUCAAGUUCCCCAAUGUGAUGCAGGACUACAUCACGGGGCAAACGACUUGCGGGGCGGACGGCAUGGGGCGACUGAUCAUGGAUGACAAAGGUCAACCGUGGCACGACUGGAUCUGGCAGUACGUCGCUCCGAAUGUGGGUGUGAGUGAGGGAGUUUGGUUGGGAAUAGAUGACUCUCAGCUGGAAGGCACCUGGAUAUGGAAUGACGGGACACAAUUGUCCGCUUCGGUGAAGACCAUGUGGUACGGCGGAGAGCCAGGUGGUGGAGCCCCUGAUGAUUGCAUCAUUCUUUGGAAACCAUAUGGCGGCAUGUGGGGCGACUACACCUGUCAUUUUAAAGAGUGGAUUCUUUGCGAAGUCCGCUUCCCCUAGACUCCUCAUGUAUAGUGAGAAAUCCCUCGAUGCAUCGACUUUAGGAUGACUGUGUAACGUAGUAAGCAACGAUAACUUUUUGACAUCCAUCAUAUAGACAUUGUACAUUGUCGAG